AUGCCUAGUUCUCGUGCCUCUUCUCUCUACAGCUCCCCCGUCCAUCACUACCCCGCUCCACCAAAGCUUGAUCUGGCUGACGCUCAUUCCCAGCUCUACCAGACUCCCUCUACCACUUCUGCUUCGUCUUCCCUCUUCCAGACUAUUUCUACGAGUUCUUGCAAACGAUCCUGCACCGGAAGUUCCGAUAAACGCUGUUCUCUUCAUGACUUCUCCGCCGCUGCCACUCAUGAUGGUGACGAUCAUCUCUAUCGCUCGUCCUGGUUGGGUCGGGAUGAGAAUGUCGCUGGAAUAGAAUAUGAUCACCCAGACAUUCAUGGAGAACUACCUCUAGCUCCUCCUGUCGAUGCCAGUGUCGAUCUUUUAUCCAGUCACACUGGAAACGGCCGCAAGCGCAGUCAUCAGGAACAGCAGGAAGGAGCUCAGGACAAGAAGGAUAUUACUCUAUCAGCACCUCCGGCUAGCUGGGGUCAAUCUGUGAUGAAUGUUGUGGGCAAAGUGUGGAGUUUUUGCUGGUCGGGCGCCCAGCCUCCCCAGUAUAAACAGCACUUCCUCGCUGUUCUGACCUUGUCCCCUCCCAAAUUUUUCUUCCUUCCAAAACUCCCUUCCGAAUCAGGAUAUAUUUAUACCAUUUCUUUACCUAGCACCACGAUAGCGAUACAUAGUCGAUUCACCGAAAUAGUCAUAAACGCCUAA